AUGUAUAACCUCACGACUGCCUUUGCCAUCAUGGCUAUGCUUGGAUCCCUUGCUGGGGCCAAGAAUGAUUUCACCACCGUCACCAGGAACACUGCCGUACCAACGGGUGUCCCGAACAACAACAUCAAAAGAGCAGAUUCUGAGUACUGCACCCGACUCUCCCAAUGCGUGUGGACCGCCGAUGAAUCCGAUAUCCCUUCCCAGGACUGGGCGCCAGAGCCAAUAGGCCCCAUCGUAUUCGACUCAAUUACUAACAGAGAACCCACGCACUCUCAGCGAUGCAUGGAGGUAUGCCAGGAAAAGUGGUCCAAGUGGUCCAUGCCUGGCAACACUCAAAACUGCUGCGACUUCUGUGACAGUCUUUUGUCCUGCUGCCGCGGCCACCCAGGCCGAUGGUUUCCUGAGGAGUGCCAUAGUGACACUCACAUGCUCCCCUUUGACUUCAAUGUGUCAUCCCCUAACCCCGGCCCUGAUGUCAUCAGUGAGCCCUCGCCAACGUCAUUCGAGGAUGAGGAGGAAGAGAGACCCUUCAAGUAUGAGCUCGUUGAGAUGUGGGAGGCGUGGGCCAAGGAGGGCGGCAACCAGUUGUCGGAUGAGGGGAGCACCAAGUAG